ACUGACAGGUGGGUGAGGUAGGUGCAGAUGGCCUGCACGGUCCGGUUGGUGAGGGGCCACGCAGGAGGAUAAGUCUAGAACCCUGAGGCUUGGGCCCAGUGCUGGCAUCAGGGAGAGCACUGAGGCGUCCUAGGAGGGAAGUGGAAGAGGGAGAGGGCAAUGGAGUGGUGGCUUGUGCCUGUGUCACCGGGCUUGGCGGGGGUCACUAGGAAGGUUCUGCCCAAGGUUCCAGCCCCACAGGCAACAGGAAGCUGCCACAGGGUCCACGGAAGGAAGCAACAAUAUCCCUGUGCUGGUGAGUGUCGGAGUGGACCUGGUGGGCUGCAGUGGUGGGAAACCAGGAGAAAAGCAAAUGCCUAGAUUGGCUGGGGCAGGAAGGAUGCAGGUGAAAGUUUCUAAGGUGUUCACCCUGCCUGUGCUCCCAGAACCAGUGGUGGACAUCUGAUUCUCGCUAAGCCAAUCAAAUAUGCUCCCUCUAGGACUGUGAGGUCACAGGGCGGGUAGGGCUGCCACCACCAGGAGCAGGAACUAAGGGCAGAACAGAGGAAGCUGCUUUGUAGAGGGAUGCAGAGACACGGGAAGGCGGGGCCCCAGAGAGAGCAGCUGAGAGACGCACAGUGGUGAAGCCGUGAGGAUGGAGUAGGGCAGGGGAAGAGGGGCACUUGGAGGAAAAGGCUGAGAUGCUUUUCAGGUGGGCAAUGCUCUGGGCACAGUGCUAGAUUGAAGUAAUAAUCUGCUAAAGAGGAAGAGACUGACACUGCAGGAAGACAGGGACGCCACCCAGAGGGACAGGGCUGAGCCCUAUUGAAGGAACUGGCUUCAGUCAAGAAAUGACCCUUCUGCUCCCACGUCACGUUACCUCCCUCGGGCCCUGCCUGAACCAUGACUGCUGUGUAACCUUGGUACCCCUUCCCCGCAGGGCUCGGUUCUGUCACCCCUUUCAUCAGCCUUCCUGGCCCCCAGAACACCCACCCUCACUCCCCUUCCCAGACUGCAGUGGUCACCAAUCACUUGGCUCGUGAGAACAUCAUCAAAAAGGAACCAGAAAGGUAGAAAUGACGCCUAAUACGCACUCCUGUUGAUAAGAUACUUAUCAACAGGAUUCUCCCAGGAAGACGCACGGAACUCAUUCCCAGGUGUGGAGAAUCAGCCUGGCUUCUGCCCCAGAGAGAAGCAGCUGACUAUGGCUGUCCUCACGGGAAGGAGGAGCGUACGGGCAGAGAUUCAGCCAUCGCAUCCCUGCCGCCUCCGCCCCCGCGCAAGGCUUUCUGGGAAGUGAAGUCCCACCGACUCUGGCGGGCGGAGCUUGGGAAGGAGGUGGAUUUCCCACUUCCGUCCCAGUUGCUUACGAUUUGGGUCUGCACCGGAAGUGCCUGUGCAGCAGAUGUGGUACCAACUGAGUGCUGUUUCGGUCGCCCUCCCAUCUUUCCCCGGCUGGGUAUUUGCGUCGUACCAUGGCGCCCAAGGGCAAAGUGGGCACGAGAGGGAAGAAGCAGAUAUUUGAGGAGAACAAAGAGACCUUGAAGUUCUACCUGCGAAUCAUACUGGGGGCCAAUGCCAUUUACUGUCUUGUCACCCUGGUCUUCUUCUACUCAUCUGCUUCAUUUUGGGCCUGGAUGGCCCUGGGCUUUAGUCUGGCAGUAUACGGAGCCAGCUACCACUCUAUGAGCUCGAUGGCAAGGGCAGCCUUCUCUGAGGAUGGGGCCCUGAUGGAUGGUGGAAUGGAUCUCAACAUGGAGCAGGGCAUGGCAGAGCACCUUAAAGAUGUGAUCCUACUGACAGCUAUUGUGCAGGUGCUCAGCUGCUUCUCCCUCUACAUCUGGUCCUUCUGGCUUCUGGCGCCGGGGAGAGCCCUUUACCUCCUGUGGGUCAAUGUACUGGGCCCUUGGUUUACAGCAGACAGUGGCGCCCCAGCACCAGAGCACAACGAGAAACGGCAGCGCCGACAGGAGCGGCGGCAGAUGAAGCGGUUAUAGCCACUGACGUUGUGGCUACAGGUUUCUGGGCCCCGGGUGGCUCUAUCAGGCUACAUGGCCCCCAUGCCAGGAGCAAUGAGGGCCUAGUCCAAGGGCCAAAGGCAGUCUAAGGUAUAGGAUUGGUGAAUAAAUGGCUUACAAUGUGG